AGAAGCCCAAUUCAGUAAACCUCAUCUUUAUCUCUCCUCUCUUGUAAAUGUGUGGUCUGUAACACUCCGUCAAAGCAAAGGUUCAAACGUAGCCAACCCGACCAAAAGUUAAAAUAUCUCGCACAGAAUCUCCCACUUCGCGGUUCUGAUUCAAUACAAAUCAACUGUCAGGGAGUGAGAGAGAGAUAGAUCGAGAGAGGAGGCAUGGCUGCUUGUGUUGUAUGGGGAACCACCUUCAAGAUUGCCUCGCCGGCUACCGGCGCUGCCAGCGGCGGCGGGUUGUUGUUCUUGCGGAAGUGCCAGACGAAGAGGAAUGGGUUCAGGUGUAGUGGUAGAAUGAGAAGAGAGCUGAUCGUCCGAGCAAAUUCUUCAGAUUCCGACUGCAAUGCGGAGGAAUGCGCACCGGAGAAGGAGGUGGGGCAGGUGAGCAUGGAGUGGGUAGCCGAGGAAAAAACGAAGGUGGUCGGAACGUUCCCGCCGAUGGCCCGGAAGAGCGGCUGGACUGGGUACGUUGAGAAGGACACCGCAGGGCAGACCAACAUCUACUCCGUCGAACCCGCGGUGUACGUGGCCGAGACCGCUUUCAGCUCCGGAACCGCGGGUUCCUCUUCCGACGGAUCCGACAACAACCUUGCCAUCGCCGCCGGCAUCGGUCUCAUCUCGCUCGCCGCCGCGUCCUCCAUUCUCCUCCAAGUCGGGAAGAACACCCCUCCGUCAAUCCAGACGGCGACGGAAUACUCCGGCCCCUCGCUCAGCUACUACGUCAACAAGUUCAAGGCCGACGAAUUGGUCCAAGCUGCCUCCGUCCCAGCAGUGGAAAGCGCUGAAACGUCUCUACAAACGGAGGAAAGCCCCGUUCCGGCGCCAGAAGAUUCUCCGGCGGAGGUUGCCGCGGUUCAGCAGCCGGAGAGUACACCGGCAUCAAGUUAAUUUUGACACUCGUAGUAGGGCAAUAUAUUUAAUUUCUCUAUUAACGUGAGAUUACUAGAAGUUUAAUUUGUUUUUGUUGUUUGGAAUACAAGUACACAUUUAAAUUUUGUUUUAUUA